AAGAAAACGCGUUCACACGCAGGCUUGACAGUCAAACCGGGAACAUCCACCAAGGCUGACGUACUUGGGACUCGGCUGUGUCUCAGAAGCAUUUGUUCGUAAGGGCCACGGCGCGUUCACAUCGCUCAGGGAGGGGGAGGGAGAGAGAGAGCAAAGGAAAGUCCCAGCCAGAGGCUCUCUGUAUGUGUGUGAAUCAUUGUGGGAGACACAAUGCUAACAGCGCUCUCAACCACCUGACUGCUCGCUGGAUCGGUCUAUUUGCGAGUGUGUCAGCAUAAAAAGCCCGGGCAGGAGGGGCAGCCGCAGUACUGAGAGCAAGUCGUCGAGGCGAAGGCUGUGAGGGCAGCGCUGCUGGAAGUUGGACACCCGCCGGUAUUUUUAGCACCACGUAUUGGAAUAUAAAGCACGGAUUAGAGAGUUAAACCUGGGCAGACUGGCUCAGUGAUCUGAAAGGGGACGGCGGAGUUUUCUUUUACACCAUAGGCAGGAAGGAGGACAAUUUACGAGGGGGAUAGGAGAGUGUCCUGGAAGAGGGGAUGACAGAGAGACCGGCCCUGGGGGGCUCGCAACAGCCUUGACAUGUUGACCAGCAUAGUGUAGGAAGAGGUGCGGCUACAGCGACGGUUAAAUUAUAACAUGGCAGCAAGUGCAGUUCCAAGUGACAAUCUCCCCACGUACAAACUUGUGGUAGUCGGAGAUGGCGGUGUUGGAAAAAGUGCCCUCACCAUCCAGUUCUUCCAAAAGAUUUUUGUGCCAGAUUAUGACCCAACUAUUGAAGAUUCUUACUUAAAACAUACAGAAAUCGAUGGUCAAUGGGCAAUUCUCGAUGUGCUGGAUACUGCAGGACAAGAGGAGUUCAGUGCCAUGAGGGAGCAGUAUAUGAGGACAGGGGACGGAUUUCUCAUAGUCUAUUCAGUCACCGACAAGGCCAGCUUUGAACACGUGGACAGAUUUCACCAGCUCAUCCUUCGGGUCAAAGACAGGGAGUCUUUCCCCAUGAUUCUGGUGGCCAACAAGGUUGACUUGAUGCACCUGCGCAAGGUCACAGGUGAACAAGGGAGAGAGAUGGCAGCCAAAUACAAUAUAUCUUACAUUGAGACUAGCGCUAAGGAUCCUCCACUGAACGUAGACAAAGCCUUUCAUGAUCUCGUCAGAGUCAUAAGGCAACAAAUACCAGAGAAGAGUCAGAAAAAGAAGAAAAAAACAAAAUGGCGUGGGGACAGGACAGCUGGGUCAAACAAACUUCAGUGCUCAGUCAUGUGAUCAACCUCUUGCCUAUUUGAAAGCUGCUAUUGUUCAGUCUGAGAGAAUAUUGAAUCCAAUGCUAAGUUAUGGACCCCCUGCAUGCGUCAGAAGGACACGUGCACAGCAAACGUUAGCAGUGUUAUUUAUAGUGUGAGGGAACUCUCUUCCCUCCAUCGAGCAAGUUUGCACGUUUAACUGGAGGUGAAUCUUGUGAAAUGCAAAGGCCUGGUUGAGCAGCUCAUCGGACUUUGAUUGAACUGAACUGGGUAGCAGAGCCACUUUGAAGAAAAGGUUUGUUUUUGUAUUCUUGCCUUUCUCUUUCAAGCCAUGCAUCAAGCAAAGCAGCAGUGCCAGGCUGAACUAUCAUGCACCCAUGUCUGUCAGCAGCGCAGUACCUUGAGUUCCUAACUGAGACAUGGCAAUGUUCUUGAAAACAGACUAAGAGAAGGGCAGAUUGGAAUGUGAACAGGAGAAUUGAAUCCAUCUGCAGUUGCCUCCAGGACAUUGCAUCAAACUUGACAUGAAACAAAAACUUGCUGGCCACAAGAUGAGCAAUUGCACUUAUCUCUCUUGCAUACACACUUGAAUGUCUAAAGGAAGGUUUGGUAAGGAGUGUGGCUACACAAGGGUCCACUACCUAUAACCACUAACAUCUAGAAGAAGAUCCUCAAAGAGAUGGGCUAAAAGUAUUUAUUCUUUUAGCAAUGGUUAAAUUAUCUGCACUUUUGUUAGGGUUUCCAACCUAUUUUAUAUGUGCAUUCUCUGUCCAAACUGCACUGCAAUUGUUUUUUUUAAAAGUCAAUGUUUGGGUAAAUGGCACCUUUUUCUCUUGUACUAGGCAAUGCAAAAAGAGAUUUUUCUGACUGAACAAAAAUGGGAAUUCUUCCCUUCCUAAAUAGGAAACAAAAAUCAUUGUUCUCAUGUUAAUCAAGGUCAGCAAACCAUUAGCUUCUCUGUGAUGAACUAGAUGAAAUUAAGCAAGGGAAAUAACUGUAAUUGUAAGUGUACAAUGGGAUUAGGGAGAAGUUAAAAUUGUUUUAAAGUAAAAUUUCAGCUCUGGCUUUCCUUUGCAUUGCAAACUGAUAAUACUGAACUACAGUGGAAAGACCUCUUGUUGAAUCAAUGGUUGGAAAUAUAUGUGAAUGUUUCCAUAGUCAGCUCUUCCUAAGCACGGUUGCCCCUCAGCACUUCACCUGCUUUUGUGAUGGAGUUCACACUCGAAGUAAAUCCAUCGAUUGGGGAUGUUUUUAAGUGAGUGUUGCAGAUCAAUCAUGGUGAAUAUCCUGUUGCCAUUGGAGGUGACUCUGGUGACAACUGAUCGCCUCACCUUGGGUUGUCACCACAUUCAAUGUCAUGCAAAUAGGGCUAUAUCAAGAAUAACACACAAAAUGCUGAACUCAGCACAUCAUGCUACAUUAAUGGAGAGGGUCUUGAUAAAGGGUCUUAGCCUAAAGCGUUGACUCCUUAUUCCUUUCCAUAGAUUCUGCCUUAACUGAUGAGUUUCUCCAGCAUUUUAUGAGCAUGACUCUAGAUUUACCGCAGCUGCAAAACAGUUUCCCUUUCUCCAACAUUAAUAUUGCCUUCUCCUGCAUCUCCAAUUCCCAAACAUCCACACUCGUCCCAUCAUCCUGCUGCCUUAACUGUGAUAGAGUUCCUCUUGUCCUUACCUUCCACCCCAUGAGCUUUCACAUCCAACACAUCAUCCUCCACAACUUCCAUCCUCUCCAAAGGGAUCCUACCACCAAACAUAUCUUUAUUUCCCCCCGUCACUUUCUGCUUUCCACAGGGAAUGCUCCCUCCAUGAUUCCCUUGUCUAUCCACCCCUCCCUACUAAUCUUCCUCCUGGCACUUACUCCUGCAAGCGGCCAAAGUGCUACACCUGCCCAUUCGCCUCCUCCCCCAGCUCCAUUCAGGGCCCCAAGCGGUGCUUCCAGGUGAGGCUACACUUCACCUGCGAAUCUGCUGGGGUCGUCUAUUGUAUCGGGUGGCCCUGAUGCGGCUUCCUCUACACUGGUGAAACCCGUCAUAAAUUGGGGGACGGCUUCGUCGAGCACCUUUGCUCCAUCUGCUAAAAGUGGAAUUUCUCGGUGGCAAACAUUUUAACUCCCAUUCCCAUUCCCGUUCCAACAUUUCGGUCCAUGGCCUCCUCUUGUGCCACGAUGAGGCCACCCUCAGAGUGGAGGAGUAGCACCUUAUAUUUGGUCUGGGUAGCAUCCAACCUGAUAGCAUCAAUAUCGAUUUCUCCUUCUGGUAAAAAUAAUUUUUCUUCCCCCUCCCCUCUUCUUCUAUUCCCCAGUCUGGCCUGUUACUUCCUUCUGGGUCUCUUCCUCCUUCCAUUUCUCCGAUACUCUACUCCUAUCAGAUUCCUUCAUCUCCAGCCCUUUAUCUUUCCUAUCCACUGGGCUUCACCUGUCACCUUCUAGCAAUCCUUCUUCCCCUCCCCCCCCCCCCAUCUUUUUAUUCUGGUGUCUUCACUCUUCCUUUCCAGUCCUUGAAGAGUUGUCUCGGCUUGAAACGUCAACAUUUUUUUUAUUCCAGUAGAUGCUGCCUGACCCGCUGAGCUCCUCCAGCAUUUUGUGUGUGUUGUUCCGGAUUUCAAGCAUCUGCAGUGUUGAUGAUCUGCAGAAACUCUUGUGUUUAUGAUAGGGCUGUACCAAAGUUCUGCCCAUAGCUAGUGUCAUUCCAGAGAUGCCCAGCUAUUGCCCUUGAAGCCAUCAUUGCCUAAUUGUGAAGUUGUGUAAUUGCUAUGGAACUGCUAUAAGCAGCAAUAGAAUUACAGGAAUAUUGUUGUCCCAUUGGGGUUCAGUUAGAAACCAAACUUGAACCCAAAGUUUCUGCCAUUUGAGUGCUGGCUAGGUUUACAUUGCAGUACAUUUCUUUUGGCUAAGGAAUGCUUUGUGUGUCUUGUAGAGUAAUUGUAGAUGGUGACUGUCAUUGGAUGCCCAUUAACGAACAAACACUAGCGAGGAAUUGAGAGAAAUCCCAAGAGUGCUUCUGGCAAAGAAGCACCUUUAAUUGUAGUUUCUGUGGUGAUGUAGAUAAAAGCAAAAGUCAGUUUAUGCAUGGCAAGUUCCUCAAACUGAGGAAUAGCUCAUCAAUAGUUUGGUUAGUAUUGAUGCGGGGGAAUGAAUGAACUUGAGAAGUUUUUUUAAUUUAAAUACUGUAUGGUAUCACUUCUUUCACUAUAAAGGGCUAUCUUUGUUUAAUGUCAGAAUGGCAGCAUCUCUGCCUGUUAAUGUACAGCACUAUCAGUUUAGAUAAUGUGCUUAAUUUAGAGGAGCACAGUGACAGAAGAGAGAGUGCAGUCUCUGAGCCGACGUAAGCACCUCACUGAACAUCAGCAUUCAAAACCACAGUUCAAAACCUGCCCAGAUUGAUAAGGAAACUCCCAUCUACCUGUUGAGAGGAGAGAGGGGUUCUGACUGAAGUGAAGCCAAGCCACUUCAUGUCCCUAACUAAGUAGCCUUGGUCUGCAUUACAAUUUGAUGUAGGGUGUGUAAAGCAACAAAUUAAAGAAUGAUUUUAUGGUGCCUGACUUGUUGGAGCAGUUUGGCUUGUGCCCCAAUUACAAGGGGUCAGAACCACAUCCUCUCGCAUUCAGUAAGAACCUGUACAGUUGGCACAUUGUAGCCAGAAUAGUUCAAGACUUGUGAAGUUGUUGCUUCUGUGUGUUAAUGUGUUGCCUGUAUCAGAUGUUGUAUAUUGUACAAUAGGCAUUCCUUGCAUCUUCUAAUGCCCCUGUGGUUAUCAGCUGACAGGAACUAUUGACACCAGCCAAUUACUUGUUGUAAUAUUCCAAUGUAUGUCAGUAGUGACAUCUUUAGAACACCAACACUUUAAGUGCAAUUGGGCAUAUGUAUAACGUGUUUGCACAACAGUUUAAAGGGAUAGAAACCACCCUUUGGUAUGUGGUACCAGAGAGGUUGAGGUUUGUAAUUCACAGCCUAGCCAUGCAAUUACCACCCUGAUGGUAUACCUUGCAAAGGAUAUGAUUUUCACCCUUUGUCACUACUAUCACAAUUCUUUCUGUUGUUUUGGUGAAAAUUGGUGCAUUUAAGGUUAAGUAUUACGAGCAAUCAUUAUACAGUGUUUUCAAAUGAAUUCCAAGUCAACAGCUAACUGAAAUAUUGACAACUGCUGUACUUAAUGUUAAUUGGAAUCUUGGGUUUCAUGUGUGGUAAUUUGUACAAUGUGACCUUAAUUGCAGCAAAAAAAGGGGUUUUAAACAAGUUUUAAUAAAAUUCUAGCUGAACGA